GUUACAUAAGGGUGCAUGUUAGCACGACUGCUGUAUUUUACCGGUGCAAGAUUCAGAAAAACAGCAAUGGCUGCUCCGAAGCCAUGCUUAUGCUCGAGUAGAACAGCGACUGAUCUACUCGUCUUGUGCUUCUUGCUCCUCCAUGUUUACUUUCAUCAUGCGACCGCUCUCUCCUUCAGUUACGAUUCAUUCAGCCUCGACGAUUUCAAGCCAGAGGCCGACGCGAUGAUCACCGCCGGCAGGAUCGAGCUCCUCGGCGACGAGGCAGGCGGUCGGGCAAGAGGCCGCGCGCUGUACAAGCAGGCAGUGCAGCUCUGGGACCGCGUCACGGGCGAGGCUGCCAGCUUCAACGCCACCUUCAACUUCAGCAUCCAGUCUCUGCCCAACCGGAGCAGCAACGCCGGACACGGCAUGACGUUCUUCCUCGCGCCGUACCCGUCUUACCUGCCGCAGGACUCCUAUGACGGCUGCCUCGGGCUCUUCAGCGAGAGCCUGGUGCGCACAGACGGCGCGACGACGCUUUCCGCCAAUGCGUCCGGUGACGCCAGGUUCCUCGCCGUCGAGUUCGACACCUACCGUGACGACUGGGAUCCGAGCAGCCGGCACAUAGGCGUAGACGUGAACAACGUCAACUCACGCGGAAACUACAAGAUCUUGCCAAACGACAGCCUCGUCGACGCCGGCGUGAUGUCUGCGACGGUGAGCUACGAUAACGCGACGACGAGGCUGGACGUCGUCCUCAGCGGCGGCGCCAGUGGCGCAAGUUACACCCUUGCUGCCACCGUCGACUUGCGAAGCAUUCUGCCACCGCAGGUGACGGUAGGCUUCUCGGCAGCCACCGGCGACGUUUUCGGGAGCAAACACACGGUGCUCUCGUGCUCCUUCCAGUCCACGCUCCCGACCAGGAACGACAACACGUCCCUCCCAUCCACCUCGUCAAACAAGAAAGCCACCGUACAACUCAUUGCCGGGGUGGCCGCCGCCGCCGCCGUGUUGGUGCUCCUGCUCAUCGUCGCCGUCGGGGUGCUGCUCCGCCGCGCGAGCAGGAGAAACGACCAAUCGGAGGAGAAAGACAUGUUCGCCGGAGAUAUGACCCCGGACUCCCUCGACAUGGACAAAGACGAUGAGUUCGGUUCCAGCACGGGACCCCGGCCCAUCCCGUACGCCGACCUAGCUGCGGCGACGAGUAACUUCUCGGAGGACGGGAAGCUGGGACAGGGCGGGUCAGGGUCGGUGUACCGGGGCCACAUGAAACAACUCGGUGGCCGAGACGUCGCCAUUAAGGUCUUCUUGAGGGGGGCGUCCACAGAAGGGAGGAAGGAGUACAGGUCCGAGGUCACGAUCAUCAGCAGACUGCGGCACCGGAAUCUUGUGCAGCUAAUCGGUUGGUGCCAUGGCCGCAGGAGGCUGCUGCUGGUCUACGAGCUCGUGCACAACGGCAGCCUCGAUGGGUACCUCUACAGCAAACAGGAGACGGCUCUGACUUGGCAAGUUAGAUACCAGAUAAUUGUUGGGUUAGCAUCAGCCGUGCUGUACCUCCACCAAGAAUGGGACCAGUGCGUCGUCCACGGCGACAUCAAGCCAAGCAACAUCAUGCUAGACGAGUCCUUCAACGCCAAGCUCGGGGACUUCGGUCUCGCGCGGCUCAUCGACCACGGCGUGAGCCUGCAGACGAUGACGGCCAUGGCGGGCACCCCGGGCUACCUCGACCCGGAGUGCAUCAUCACCGGCAAGGCCUCCACCGAGUCCGACGUGUACAGCUUCGGCAUCACGCUGCUGGAGAUAGCGUGCGGCCGGCGGCCAAUGGCGCCGCCCAGCGCCGGCGCCAAGGACAGCCAGGUGUUCCGGCUGCUGGAGUGGGCGUGGGACCUCUACGGCAGGGGCGCCGCGCUCGACGCCGCUGACGCGCGUCUCGGCGGCGCGUUCGAUCAGUGGGAGAUGGAGCGGGUGGUGGCCGUCGGGCUGUGGUCAGCGCACCCCGACCCGAAGAUGAGGCCGGCGAUCAGGCAGGCCGCCGAGGCGCUGCAGUCGAGGAAGUUCAGGAUGCCGGUGUUGCCGCCCAAGAUGCCGGUGGCCGUGUACCUGCAGCCUUUCGGAGCUUCCAGCAUGGAGUAUGGCGACACCACCACCACCGUCGGGUCGGGAGUAACCAUGCAGUACUCGUCGACUGCGACGCAGUCGUCGAAUUCUAGCGUGCCAGCGGCUGUCGGUGAGCAGCUGAGCCCAAGAGUAUAGCUGAGGAGACGUCAGUUUGUUUCACUUGGUGGACUAGAGAUGAAAACUGAAACAAGUAUCGGUCCAGCAAAUUUGUACUGCCGCUUUCGCAUAUUUUAUACUACAUGUUAUAUUGUA